CCUUGUGUAUAGAUACGAAUCUUCUCUUUUUUUUUUCCUGACAAUUUUCCUCAGAAACCCCUAAACAAUGGCGAAACUUUUCGGCUGCCCAAUCAACGUCGAAGCAGAGGAGGAAGAAGAAGACGGCGGCGGUAUCUCAAUCGCCGUAGAUAUCUCUCGAUCCGUUAACCAACCGGACGGCGAAGCUACGAGUUCCUCCGCCGGUUUACCUCAGUCCGAUCAGAGAGAAGAAACCUAUCCGUGUUUCGGGUUCUUAGAUUCGAACUCAGAUUCCGAAUCGCUUUCCAUGGAAUCCGAAUCCGAUCCAAAUAACCUGUUCUUCGAUUUCUUCGAUCGAGAGCCGUUCGCAAGCUCGAAUCAGAGGCCAAGCACUUCGUGCGAUUUCGAUAUCUGUGGGGGUCAAGACAUGGAGGAGGAGAUAGAAUUAGGGCUCGGAAUCGGGUCCGGAUCCGGGUCCGGGUCAGAUGAUUCCGGUGGGUUAGCAUGGCUUCAAGUUACCGAAGUUGAAACGGAUCGGGUCGAAGUUGAAACGGGUCGGGUCGAAGUUGAAACGGGUCGGGCUGAAGUUGUUUCGGGUCCUACUCUUGUCGAGGCCGAAGCCAGGUCUGAUGUUGACGAACAGACCAUGGACAGAUGGUUUUCAGAACUUAUGGAAGGAACAAGCUUGUCUGUAGAACCCAUGGAUGUCAAUCAAGAAGAUGAACCCAUGGAUCUAGAAUGGCAUGUUAGUUUUUUUGAUGAUUUCUUGGAUUUCGAUCACCCCCCUUUGGAAGUUUCUGUGACUAGUAUAUAUGGAUAUGCUGACCACCACGGAGACUACGAGGAUGUUUUAGCAAGAUCGUUCGACGAGUCUGGAACCAAAGGAAGCCCGCCAGCUUCCAAAAGGGUUGUGGACGAGCUUCCCGACGUGGAAAUCACCUCUGGAGAGUUGAUGGGCAUUGGUUGUGCGAUCUGCACAGAUGAGAUUGUUGUGGUCGAGGAGAAAGUUAAGAGGCUUCCUUGUAAGCAUUACUAUCACAAAGAGUGCAUUGUGCCUUGGUUGGGGAUAAGGAACACGUGCCCGGUUUGUCGGUAUGAGUUACCUACUGAUGAUCUUGAGUAUGAAAGGAAAAGGAGGUCGCAAAGGGGUUUGGCCAGAGACUUGAUGUCCGAGUAGAUGAAGCUAAUGCUGCUGAUUGGUUUGAUGUACAUAUUGGCUGUAGACAGAUUAAAGGGGGAAAAAAAAUCUUUUGCAGCUUUA